AUGAGCGACGAGUCCAUCGAGCGUGAGCAGCUUCGCAAAGCGCUCCUACAACACUGGCCCCUCCUAACCACAGCCAUUCUUUCCGAGACCUUUCCAACGGACGCUAGCCCCGGCCCAUUCAUCCAAUCCGCCAUUGCCCAGGACGGUCCCGACAAGGCCAGGUUCGUGGCAAUCUUCGACUGCCUCGAACGAAACGCGAAAGAAACCACCCUCCACCGUGACCAAAUCCAGUCCGAACUAACGAAACGCGUCGAAGAAUACGAAGCCGACCUCGUUCGCGCCACAAGACGUAUCUCAGAUUUCGACCAGGUUAUUGCCACCCAGACAGAAGAGCUCCUGGAGACCCGUGCCAAGAUCACGGGCCUGAACGCAGAAAUUACCCGCCUGAACAGCUGCGUCACGCAGCACAAUGAACGCAUCUCAACCCUCCAAGACGAGAAAACCGAACUCCAAACCCGCCUAGCCCAAGCGACGACGGCAAACGGACCUCCAAUUCAUUUCGGGACCACCCCGAAGGCCCGACGCACCACAACAAACCCUGACAAAUUCACCGCGGGCCAGCAGGACACAGCCAAACGCCAAAGCGCCUAUGAGCGGUGGAAGACCCAAGUGGAACAAAUUCUAGUCGUCGACGCCGAGUGUUUCCCGAAGGCACUCGACAUCCUUACGUUCAUCACAAGUUUGCUGGGCGGCAAGGCCUGGGAUGCCGUCCAGGACGGCGUCCAGACAAUGAACGCCAACCCGAAGAACUCACAAUUGUGGACUUGGCAGAACCUAGCUGCGCUGUGGGAAGCGCUAGACAAACGCUACAUGCUGCUCGACAGCACCCAAUCUGCGAAAAACAUGCUGGACACGCUCCACCAGGGAAACAGAGCCUACGGCGACUUCAAGGCCGACUUCGACCACUACGCCGACAAAGCCAGGCUCGACAGCCGCUCGAAAGUCGACAUGCUACGCAAACGGUUGAACGGUGCCUUCACCGCUGUCAUCGAUAACCAGAUCACCCUGCCGGCCGCCGACGACUACGCCGGCUGGACCAACGUUACCGAUAACAUUGCCCGAAACCUGCAGCAGAAAGAACACAUCACCAAGCUACGAAAUAUAGCCAAACCGCACCUUGAAGCACACGCACAAGACCGAGUAGCCCCAGCUGUUGAUGCAGGCGACCCCAUGGAACUCGACCGCAUCCGCAUCUCCGACGCUGAACGCAGGCGCCGCACGGACAACGACCUCUGCCUGGCGACACCAGUUAAAAGGCCCGCCCCUGGAUUAAGUCGCAACCAGGGGCCAAUUCCAUAUGAGGAGGAGGAUUGUUUUACUAGGGCCGUACUCCUAGACAGAAGACCACUCGCGCUGCGAUCAAUAAAGAGCAAUGCAGAUUCCCUUCUUGUCAAAACUUUUCUCUCCGACCCGCGCACACGCUUCCCUAGCACUUUCUUUGAAACCACAAGCCUGAUUGACUCUGGUUCCACCGUACUCGCCUUCGCCGAUGACCAAGAAGUCGUGAAAAAGUUCAACUUAGUCACGAAACGCCUCCUGCGCCCGAGGUCCCUUAGGUUAGCCGACGGCACUACGAAAUCUACCGUCUCAGAAUACUUCACCACUCGAGUCCACAUCGGCAACCACACCGAAACCAUGCCUGUUUAUGUCACCAACUUAGGCAAAACUAACCCGAUCAUCCUCGGCAUCCCGUGGCUGAAACUCCACAACCCGACAUGCUUCUGGACAGAGAUGCGCCUGGUAUUUAACUCACCUCACUGUCGACAUCACUGCCUACCAUGGGACCUCCCCGCCGGCGGCUGCGAGGCCCCACGCGCAGAACCACCCGAGCGCUUCACGAAACCUAUAUUGCCAUGCCGCAAAGCCACCACUGAGGACCAGCCAAGGAGAACACCUCCCCCGACCCCCACGACCUCCUACAGAAAGACCACUGUCGAGGACGUGCCAGACGAAGAGUUCACUACGAAACGUGCCCACCCCGACGGAGACGAACUCCUUAUACAAGUAACGCCAAAGCCAGCUGGGCCUGCAAAACGGAACGUUUCACCCUCACCCGUCGUCCUCAGUGCAGGCAGUAGGCGCCCAACGCAACGCCGACGACCCACACCCAUUCUGAAGACAGCAGGACGCCCUAGAAACAUGAAGCUCGACACAAACGACAUCCGAUGCGUCCAGGCAAUGAACUUUUUGCAAUUUUGUAAGCAAGAAGGCUCCUUCGCCACAACCACAACUCUCGCCGAGCUCCGUCAGCUCGUCGAGGACGAGGAGAACCUUGACAUGUUACAAGAGCUUCCACGGGGCUUUGUUGAGAUCCCUCAACUCAAAGAAACCUCUUUCAGGCGGAUCAUGACCGGGGACUACACGUUAGAAGAUGCCAAACGGGUGUUCGACCCGUACUUCCACGACUUCCUACAGACAAACCUCGACGAGACAGCCCGCACUGAAACACUACGGCGUAAAAUAAUGCCGUCCGAUAUCGACAAGUUCCUAGCGGAGAAGCCCCGGCCAACAGCCGAAGAUAUCAAGAGCCGCCUACCGGCGGAGUUUCACCACCAUGUGGAGCAUUUCCUGCCAAAGAACGCAGAGACACUACCACCACACCGGCACUGGGACCACAAGAUUGAACUCGUGCCAGGAAAGCAGGCCCCGUACUCUAAAAACCGCCCGUUCUCCCCUGAGGAACUCCGUUGCAUCAAGAAAUGGAUUGAUGAGAAUUUAGCCAAGGGCUGGAUUAGAGCGUCUUCCUCACCUGCAGCGGCGCCACUCCUGCUCGCCGCCAAGCCCGGAGGUGGGAUCCGGAUUUGCCAGGACUACCGCGGACUCAACGCGGUCACCAUCAAGAACAGAUACCCGUUGCCACUCAUCCGGGAAACCCUCGACUCUCUCUGCAACGCCAAGUUCUACACCAAACUGGACGUUAUAGCAGCGUUCAACCGCGUGCGUGUCGCCCAAGGACACGAGUGGAUGACGGCCUUCAUCACCCGUUUCGGCCUUUACGAGAGCCUGGUCACCCCCUUCGGACUUUGCAAUGCGCCUGCCACAUUCCAGAAUUACAUCAACCACCUUCUCCAUGACGCACUGGAUGUUUACUGCACAGCUUAUCUGGAUGACGUCCUGGUAUAUAGUCGGACCCGGAAGGAACACACAACCCAUGUCAACGAAGUUAUUCGGAGACUGGGUGAGGCCGGCCUCCAGAUAGAUAUCGGCAAGUCGGAAUUCUACACCCAGAAGACUAAAUACCUCGGCCUGAUCAUCUCCACAAGCGGCCUCAGCAUGGACCCCGAGAAGGUCAAAGCCAUCGUAGACUGGCAAGACCCCACGUCUGUCAAAGAACUUCAACAAUUUCUCGGUUUUGCAAACUUCUACCGCCGGUUCAUCCAGGGAUACUCGGGAAUCAUCGAACCUCUGACCCGGCUCUUGAGAAAGGAAACCGCUUGGUCCUGGACAUCCGAUCAACGCCAGUCCUUCGAGGAACUCAAGAACGCCUUCACAAAAGCCCCAAUUCUCGCCUACUUCGACUACUCCAAACGCACCGUUGUCGAGACCGACGCCUCCAACUGGGCGUCCGGCGGUGUGCUCUCACAGUACGAUGAUAACGGUAAACUGAGGCCGGUCGCGUUCUUCUCCGCGAAGCAUAGCUCCGCCGAAUGCAAUUACGAGAUUUACGACAAGGAACUUCUUGCGAUUGUCAAGGCCCUGGAGGAAUGGCGCCCGGAGCUCUAUGGAACGAGGGAAUCUUUCGAAAUCUACACAGACCACAAGAACCUACAGACCUUCAUGACCACGAAACAACUGAACCAACGCCAAGUCCGUUGGGCAGAAUUCCUGUCCCAAUUCAACUUCCAGAUCACGUACCGGCCUGGAUCAAAAGCUACAUUACCUGACGCCUUGAGCAGGCUCCCCGGCUCCCAACCCGCUGGAAUGGAUGAUGAACGACUUCAGUAUCGAAAAAGGACUGUUUUACCAGCAGAGAAAGUACACCCGACCAUACUCGAGCAGCUGCUCGACGACGCCCGAGAAAACAACGACUCCGACCUCGUAGCAACACUGACCGCUGAGCCCGAUAACAUUGCCUUGAUCGACCUGAUCCGUGAGGGCUACGACAACGACAGCACUGCUCAGGCGAUGGUAACCGCCUUGCAAACACCCGGUGCACGACGAUGGCCAAAAGCUCUACGCCGAGCCCUCCGCUGUGAUAAAUCCGAGUGCAAGAUUAUCGACGGCUUAAUCUACUUCAGAGGCCGCCUCUUCGUCCCGGAUCACACAGGCCUGCGGCUCGCAGUCGCCCACCGAACGCACUCUUCUGGCCCAGCCGGCCACCCUGGCCGCGUCAAGACUAUCGACUUGCUCAACCGGAGUUACUGGUGGCCCGGCCUUUCCCGCUUCGCGGCAGAUUUUGUCAAAGGAUGCGCGCUAUGUUUCAGGACGAAGACACCCCGGUCCGCACCACCCGGUUUCCUAAAACCGUUGGAAGUCCCCCUCCGAGCGUGGGCGGACAUAUCUAUGGACCACAUCGUCGACCUACCCGAGUGCACCAGGAACGGCAAAACCUACAGGCACAUCCUUGUAGUAGUGGACAGACUAACCAAGAUGCGACACCUUAUCCCGGUAACAGGGCUAGACACCGACGAAGUUGUAGACAGCUUCUUGCAUCACGUCUUUAAGCUCCACGGCGCACCGGACUCGAUCAUCUCCGACAGGGGCUCCGCAUUUGUCUCCGGGCAACGGUACGAGGACAACGCCAACGCCCGUAGGGACGAAGCACCAACAUUCCGCCCAGGUGACCAAGUCAUGGUCAGCCUUGAACACAUGGCAACGAACCGGCCGAAGAAGAAAUGGGACGACAAAUGGGACGGACCGUUCCCUGUGCUGAAGGUGUAUAAGGGCGCCGUCGUCGUGGACCUCCCGGACAACAUCAAGGUCGAUAAGAGCUUCCAUACCUCUCAAAGAAGGAUUGCUAAACGGGACGACGAUGGGAUUAUCCAAGACGAGUGGCAAUUCGAGAAGAUCCUAGACGUACACGACGAGGACAAGGAGACAUCCGGACUUACCUACCUUGUUAAAUGGAAGCACUACGAUGAGCCUACAUGGCAACCCGAGCAAGACUUGAAAGGCUGCAAGGACGUUCUGAAACUCUUCCAUGACAAAUACCCAGAGAAGCCCGGGCCGCCUAAUUGGGUAAAGGACAAGCGACCCCGCGGAAGGCCUAGGAAGAAGCAGCAGGAUCUCCUCUCCGUUAGCGUCCCCUUGCGAGAGCUUCCUCUCUCCUCAUCGCACAACUCAGUCAUUAGCCAGAACCUGACCCUGUCCCGCGACUCCCCUGACCUCGCCCCGUGA